UUUACGCUUGAAAAUUGUGAAAUGCCAAGGAAAGCUCGUAAUCCUCAUAAAAUUGCGAAAUCAACAGGUUCAACAAAUCAGGUUUCGACACAGAGUGAUUUUACUAUACACCAUUAUGCAAAUGCUGAAUUUGAAGGAAAAGCACCUCCUGGGAGGAUGAAAAAAGCAGCGAACACUAUGAUUUCAGAAGUACACAGUGUGAAAGAUGCCAAGCAGGUGCUAGAACUGGUCGGUGCUGUGGGCGGAGAUGGGUCUGAGUCCAGUUGGUUUGACAAAGACUUGGACGAGUUUAACAUAGACACAGAUAGUACAGACCUCAAAUCUGAGGAUGGAGCAGAAUCUUGUGUUCCAGCAGAGAAUAAACCAAAUCAAAGGAAGAGGAGACUGAAGGGAAGUGAGAGUGAGGACACUGGUAUUUCGUACCCUAUAGACUUGUGGUAUGUCCUGAGUCGAUACAUCCAUCCGGAGGAUUUGUCAAUCUUCUCCAGGCUAUGUCAGAGUACCUACACUGUAACCAACACCAUCCAGUUUUGGAAAGGCAUAUACAAAAGAUAUGCUAUAGAUCUAUCAAAGCUUCCAAACUUUCUACAGCCAGUCUGUUUAGAGCGGGUACAUGGCCUACGUCAGCGAGUCAUCAGGGCUCUAUUUUUUGUGUAUCCCGUGUUCAUUAGUCGGACUGUGACUGCUGCACCAUUCCAGGACCAGCAGUUAUGUUACAAUCUCACUGGACAUCUGUGUCUUGUAUCGUGGCAUGAACCUCACAAAAACAUGUGGAAUUUUAAUUUCAAACUUAGAAAAGAACGUAUGGGAGAAAUCAACAGUUUGUUACGACUAAAAGGGGAGCCACAGAAUCUUCACUCAGGUUACAAAGAUCUCCAUCACAACUUGGAGAACGAUUCAUAUGUUCUUCGUGUGACUUGUAAGAAUUUCACGGGAAUUCCCCCAGUAAUGGGACUGGUACUGACUAAUGUUAUCCUGCGGCUCUCAGCCAGUAUGAGAUAUUUUACUCUACAUCUUAUGUUUGAUACAACUCUGAAGCAGGGGAUGGGGAGUAAUGUGAGGGACAGCCAAAGCCUGGAGAAAGUGGUCAUUCUUGACCCAGUGGUGGACAUUCGUGUGUUUCCUUGGUGGCAUCCAAAUUACCCUCAUCAGGGCAUGUGAUGUAAAUGCUGUUUAAUGUCACUGCGUAGAUCUAUAUACCCGGUAAUACAUUACUAGAAUAUUUUCAAUGUCUUUCUCCUAAGAAUCAUAACAAUAAUUUCAAUUUUUACUAUCUGUAAAAUAUGAAUUAUCUGGGUUUAUUCCCAAAUUUGGAUUUUUGGGUCUAAUAAGGGGCCAUAUACCAAAGUGUCAAUAUAGAAAAUUUUAUUAACAUUUUAUUAAUGGGAACAUGUCCUGUUCAUUAAAUACUUUUACAUGGCCAAACAAAGUGGCCAAAGAAUUAAUAUAAGCUUUAAGCUUGUUUUCCCAUCCCAUUUGCAAUUUUCUGUAUAUGUUAUGUUAUUGUGUCUUGUUGAAUAAAAUAAUGUUUAAACUAAAGUGGCCAAAGCAGUGCUACAUAUAUAUAUUUUUAAGACAAGCAUGGCUGACCAAAUUGGUCAAAGUUGAACAUAUUUAAUUUUUAGUGAACAGUUUUAAGACUUUUUGCUAGAUGUUGGUGACAAAAUGUUUUCCAGUUGCUACAGCCUAUAUUUGUUAGUUAUGCUUUGUUGAAAAUAGAACAUCAACAGAACCAUUGAACAAUUAAAAUAUAAACAUGAUAUGUAGUUAGAUAUCACAGCAAGCAGGAGAAGGUCAUAUCCUUUUGAACAGUAUCUUGUUUAUUUGGAUGAAAUUUGAAAUAUUAAAUGAUACAUAUAUAUAUAUAUACAUCUUCGCUAAACCAAGGCUUCUGAUUGUGUUAACACUCCACAAACCCUUAGCAGAUAUAGUCAUCAGCUCUGGCCCUCUUGCGAAGAUGAUAUAUACAUGUAUAUGCAAAGAAACAUUUUUAAUUAACUUUUUCUUUGAAUCAUUGUUAAUUUUAAUAGAAAUGAACAUAAAAGAAAAGAUGUCUAUUUAAAUUAAUUUUUAUAGGUUUAUAUAAUUUUAAAAAAAUACUGUUUUUGUGUAAUAAUUUUCGUUAAGAUUUGUUUUUAGAGACAGUACAUGUUGGAACGUUUAUUUUACAGAAAAUCAUUAAUUGUUGUUAAAAAAAAGUACAUAUAAUUGGCAAUUUUUUAACAUGUCUUGUAUGUAUAUAGGUUUAUAAGCAUAUGACCAACAAGAAAAAGUUUCUGCUCACCUCAUUUACACUGUGACUUGUUUUGUAAUGAUACUUGUUAUGAAGGGUUGCCUCCCUUAUAAUUGUACUAAGAGUACAUUCCAAAUCACUCCAAAUUCUUGUAUUAUAACAUUCGAUAUUUAAAUGAAUGAAAGUAUGACAGAGAAAUAUUAUGGUACACUAUGGUUUACUUAAAACACAUUUUUGUUCAUUUGUUUAAUCAUAGUAUUCUAUCAUAGUAUUUUAUUCACGAAGCUACAUGUACAAUAAUUCACCAAUUACUGACAUAAAAAAUCACUUUAACUCAUAUUGCUGCUUUUGUAUUUCAUAGCAUACCAUUUAAAAUAAAACUGAUGGUAUUCUGUGAAUAUAAGUUUUAAUAUAAGACUUGUAACUAGUUAAUCUACAAGAGAUAGGAAAAAUUGACCUCAAUGAUUUCCAUUACUAGUACCAGCUUAUAAUUAGUUCAUGCUACAGGACUUGCAUAUAAAAUGAGUUAUUAUUUACUCUUUGCCAACUGCCAAAUCUUAUUUUCUCUCACAAGCACACAACAUUAAAGUUGAUGAAGGCAAUCAUUAAUUUACUAAUUUAGGUUAAAAAUUCACAUUUGCUAUCUUUACUCCUGGAAUACUUCAUGUGUAAAUUGGAAUUGUUUAAAAUGCUUAAGUACUUAUACAAUAUCAUUGUCCAGAUAUUUGCAUUCAAUCUACACCACAUCAGCUUUAGGAGUAACCGCUGUUGGUCCGGAUAAGUCAGAUAAGUCAGAAAUUCAGAAUCAUUAAUUGACCUUUAUAAAAUUCUUGUUACCCUAGGCCUGUUCCGGAGGAACUACAAAAGCGAUCUUGUUGAAUCAGUAAAGAGAUAAAUUCAUCAUGUAUACAUGUAGCUAGCUCUUCAAAAUGUCACAUUUUGUAUGGGACCAUAGUUAUACUUAAAAUGGUGAUUAUAUUGAAUUUGACAUACCAAGUUUUAAUUUGUUACCUAAAUUUCUUAUCAACUUCAAAAAUGUUAAAACUUGAAGGAAUGCUCAAUACAGGUCUAAGUUAUGCAUAUCACAUAUUGGACUUGACCUGGUUUUGAAGAAAGUUGCCUUCCAGCAUUUUGUAUGUUGAAGUUUGUUAACUAUUCUGUGUUCUGCUAUUUCUCUUUUAGAUAUUGUGGAACAUUUUUAUGGCAGUUUUGCUCCUUUUCCUAUGUUAAAACACAGAAUCGUGCUAAUUUUGCACCUUUUUUUCUUAAUCUGAAAAAGUUUGUGGUGAUAUCGAAAUCAGAGGAGGGUAAUUAGUUUGCCUGGCAGCACCACUAGUUCAAUUAUGUACUUCUAAAAAAUACAUUGUCAGUCUUAUAUAAAAGUAAUAAAUCUUUUACAGCUACACUUGGGGAAUAUUUUAAAUCACGAGAAAAUGUAUUACUGAUAUUUAUAACAUUUGUGUGUUUUACAGCUCCGUGUUGAAGACAAUUUUAGAUCGAAAGAUUUAUUUAAAAGCUUAACUUGUGUUCCAAUGAGAAACUGAGAUUUUAGCAAACAUUUCUGUUUGUUAUGUAAUGCUAUGCUUUGUUUUGUAGCUUUGUGUUUGCUCAUUGAUGCAAGAGUGCCAUGUAGUAAGUCAUGUGGAACUUGUAUGUCAUGUGAUUAAAUCAUUGUCUGUUAUUAUUGCAAUAAUAAAAUGGCAAUAAAAAUGUUGCUAUGUUUCUUC